GCAAUUUUCACCAAUUUUUUGGUGUGGUAAAAGAGGAAAAAGUGAUUGUGUGAAGUGAAUUGUGUGGAAGGUGAAAAAUUCCAUGGAGAAUGCAGUGUGAAAGUGGAAAAGUUGUGGGAAAAAUCUUGUAGAAGUGAAAAAGUAAUUUGAGAGUGAGUGAAAAAAGUGUGGAAAAAUGCCCUUUGAAAAUACAAGUAAGACUGGCGUGAAGGCCAAACGGAGUCCCAGGCUGUCGAGUCUGGCUGAAGACAUCCUACCCACAGACGAUGCCCCCUUCAGGGCACGACUGCAUCAACUCUUCUCGCAGAUCGAGAAGGAGUUCGAGGGGCUGUACCUGGAGAACCUGAGCUUGCAGGAGAAAUUGGAUGCAAUGGGGGCCAGGGGUGGGGAUGUCGUGGGAGCUGAACGGAGUCCAGCGGGUGAGAUGAUGGACAGUGAAUUGGCCACGGGGAAGAGUCUCAAGGCAAAGUUUGGGGUUGUGGCAGGUGGGAAGGUCAAAGCCAGUCACAAGCUGCGGGCUCAGACCAGUCGGAUUGUGUCGAGUUUCAAGGCUCAAAGUGUCGUUUGUAGCAUCGUGAGGGAUUACUGUGGGCACAAGGAUGGUGUAUGGCAGGUUGGGGCAAAGACUGGGCAGCCCAUCAUUGGUACAGCAUCAGCUGACCAUACUGCCUGCAUCUGGGGCGUAGACAGUGGUCGAUGCCUCUUGCAGUAUCAGGGUCAUGGGGGCUCAGUCAACUCCCUGAAAUUCCACCAGAACAGAGAUUUGGUCCUCACGGGCAGUGGAGAUGGGACAGCCCAUAUCUGGCAGGCUGCUGUCAAUUGGGAAGUUCCCACGCGCAAGGGACAUUCCUCGGAGGAGGAAUUGGAGGAAGACGAGGAGCCAGUAGAGGAAAGGGAUAGGGUUGAUGUACUUAGAACGCCGGUUUGUGAAUUUUCCGGACCAGGUGGUCACACCUCGGUCAUUGUGGCUGCUGACUGGCUCCCAGGUGGAGAUCAGAUUAUCACAGCCAGUUGGGAUAGGAGCGCAAUUCUCUGGGAUGUAGAGACACGGGAACCCUUGCAGCCACUCACUGGACACGAUCAUGAACUCACUCAUGCGUGUGCCCAUCAGACUCAGAGGCUGGUGGUCACUGCCUCCAGGGACAGCACAUUCCGGCUGUGGGACUUCCGGGAGCAGAUUCCGGCAGUUUCUGUAUUCCAGGGGCACACGGAGAGUGUCACGUCGACCGUCUUCACGCGAGACGACAAAGUAGUCUCCGGGUCAGACGAUCGUACCGUGAAGGUUUGGGAGUUGCGUAACAUGAGAUCAGCCCUGACGACCAUCAGGACCGAUUCGGCAGUCAACAGGUUGGGUGUUUCGCCCACCGGGGUCAUUGCCAUUCCCCACGACAAUCGCCACAUCCGUCUCUUUGAUCUCAAUGGGCAGCGAGUGGCCAGAUUGCCCAGAACUAGUCGACAGGGUCAUCGGCGAAUGGUGUCAUCCGUUUGCUGGGCACCUGAGGAACCAAAUACGAGUUGCAAUCUCUACUCCUGUGGCUUCGAUCGCCGUGUCCUUGGCUGGGCCAUCAGUCUGCCCAAGGAGAGCACGUAGAGAGGAUGAUGCUCAAAACUCCCCAAAAAAAAUCAAUUCUAGAUCAUUUUUGAAGGGAGUUGUUGGCAAAAAUGAACAGGAGAAAAAAAAACAAGAGAAAUCUCACUUUUUCUGCCUUCAUGUCUUUUUCUCGUCUCAAAUAAUUACAAAAAAAACAACAAAUAUUCAAAACACAAAGAGAAUUACAUAUUAGUAAAAAAAAAAGAAAAAUUAGUGUAGUGAAAAAAAGAAUGAAAGUGGUGAAUUGGUAGGGAAAAAGGGGAUAAUUCAUUGUACAUUUUUUUGUUUUCUUUUUCUACUCUUUCGACUUUCUAACAAAAAAAAAAAGGUUUUUAUUGUUGUUAUACUUCAAGAAUUUUUAUCUAUUUAAAAUGCAAAAUGUUACUGUUGAACAAGAAAAAAAAGAAUAAGAAUCCUCCCUACAUUUUAAGUAUUAACUAUUAAAAGAAAAUCCAAAAAAAGAGAAAUCAAUGUCUAAAAAAAAUACUUUAGCAGUGAAAAGGAAGGAAAUUUUAUUUGGUGGGAAAACUCUUGGAAUGGAAAGUCUCCAGGGUUCCCCAGGAAUGUAAGAAAGAAA